AUGGAAGCGAGUCCAAGCCUCUGUCACUGUAGAGCUCGAGUUUACGGUCUUGUACAGGGCGUCUUUUAUCGAGCUUCCACGCAGGAGAAAGCCACACAGCUCGGCGUAGCUGGCUGGGUGCGAAACUGUGCCGACGGCUCCGUGGAGCUCGAGGCGUUUGGAACCACUACAAAAGUUGAGGAGCUCCUGGCUUGGUGUCGUCGUGGUCCAGAGCUUGCGCGGGUGGAUCGCGUUGACAUCGAGUGGUUGCCUCCGCCGCAGCACCCUGACGAGUGGAGGCAGUGGAACCCCUUUCGCGUCGUCCGCUAG